AUAAUGUUAUCAGCUACGUUACAUUUGUUGUUACAAGACAAAUCACAAAAGUAUGUUUUGCAGUCAAAUAAUACAAAGGGAGAGAAUUAUGUCAAGCCACGAGCUAGUGGCAAUAAUGAGGCACGUCCCUACAGUCUUCUUCUUGCUCUCCACUUUCCUCCUCGCCGUCUCCGUCGAGUCUCCUCCGCCGCCACUAUUUCCCGAUGAAGCUCUCCCCACUAAAUCCGGCUACCUUCCGGUUAAACACGCACCCGGCUCCUCCAUGUUCUAUACCUUCUACGAAGCCCAAAGGCCAACCACCACUACUCUUGCUGACACUCCGCUCCUCGUGUGGCUCCAAGGCGGACCAGGCUGCUCUUCCAUGAUCGGCAACUUCUACGAGCUAGGCCCUUGGCGCGUGGUUUCACAAGCCACCGAACUCGAACGCAAUCCCGGUGCCUGGAACCGCCUCUUCGGGCUACUCUUUGUGGAUAACCCCAUAGGAGUCGGAUUCAGCAUCGCCGCUUCAAAGCAAGACAUACCGAGAAAUCAGAGACAGGUGGCAGAGCACCUGUACGAAGCGCUCGUUGAGUUCACCGAGCAGAAUCCAGGUUUUGAACACCGACCGGUUUACUUUACCGGCGAGAGCUACGCCGGGAAAUAUGUCCCUGCCAUUGGAUACUAUAUCCUUAAAGAGAAACCCAACGGGAAGGUGAAUCUAAAAGGCCUGGCCAUUGGAAACGGGCUGACCGACCCGGUGAUCCAGAUCCGGACCCAUGCGGUCAACGUAUAUUACUCGGGUCUUGUCAACGCAAAACAGAGAGAGGAGCUGGAGAAAGCUCAAGAGACAUCCGUGGCUCUCGUCAAGGCCCAGAAAUGGCGUGAAGCAGCAGACGCUAGAACCGAGCUGUUGAAGCUAGUGGCCAAUAUGACGGGACUCGCGACGCUCUACAAUACGGCCCGGUCGAUUCCGUACAGGACGGACCUCGUGGUGGAGCUGAUGAACCAGAGAGAGACGAAACAGGUUCUUGGAGUGAGCGAAACGGUGCGUUUUGAGGAGUGCAGUGAUGAAGUGGAAGAGGUUUUAAGGGAAGACGUGAUGAAGAGCGUCAAGUUCAUGGUGGAGUACGCGUUGGGGAGAACCAAGGUGUUGCUGUAUCAAGGUAUGUUGGAUCUCAGAGACGGUGUCGUUUCGACGGAGGAGUGGAUGAAGACUAUGAAUUGGUCGGGGAUUGGGAUGUUCUCGACGGCGGAGAGGUUGGUGUGGAAGGACGGCGACGGUGAUAUCGCCGGGUAUGUACAGAGAUGGGGGAAUUUGACCCACGUGGUGGUUUCAGGAGCUGGGCAUUUUGUUCCGACAGACAAAGCUGUUAAUUCGAGGGAUAUGAUCGAAGGUUGGGUUUUAGGACAAGGCUUGUUCGGUGGUGGAAAUGAAAAGCAGACAUUUUCGUCGAGUUUUACGGAAUCUUUGCGAGUUAGACUAGAUUCUCAAACGUAGUGGAAGAUCAGAAAAUAAGAUUCUUGAUUGUACUAGUUGGGUUUUGUGUCACUGAAUAAGAGUCUGAUUCUAAUUGUUCGUUGAAAUUUGCUUGUACGGCAAUCGAUAAAUUUGUUCUCAAAUUCAACUAUGUACGAAACGUAACUCAAUUUGAAUGUAAUUUUGCUCCUGGGUUUUAUCA